UGGGUUCGUACUCAGUUUCUUUCUCCUAUAAUUCAUUUCUGGUAAUUAGGUGAGGAGAAUGAAGAUUAUGGCAGUGCCCAAGGCGUCCCGCAGCGCCCAUCGUCUGCUGCCGGUGCCUCUCUCCGCACCGGGCACAGGGACAAUGGUGUAGUGGGCACAUUACUAACAAGUAAUGGAUCACCUCUUGUUUUUGGCACAAGAAAGGGCUGAUUCUGCAUGGUUGGCAUUACAUUCAUCAGGAAGCCAGCUGACCAAUAGCCUUUCAUCCCUCAAAGAUGGAGCCAGAACAUCUCUCCAAAAUGCAAUCAGUUCCUUUAGAAAACAAAGGUUUGGGCAGGAGGUGGCUGAGCGCGUACAGCGCUGGCUAGCACAGUUGAGGGAAGUGCUGAGUGCUGUUAAACCCUCUGAGAUAUAUGAUAAACUUUUCAUAUUUUUUGUCACUGAAGUAACACGUACACACUUGUACUUUGGAGGAACAUGUUUCUUCCUUGGGAGUAUCUUUGGUGUGCUUGUUGGCAUGAAGCUUCGCAGCAGCCUUGUGGCACCACAGUGCAUGAGGGCUGUGGUGAUUAACUCUUACAGGGGAAUUGAGGCAAUAGGGGUGGUGGAGGAUGUGGUGGCUCCAAGGAUAGUGGAGCCUCAUCAAGUGCUGGUGCAGGUGAAGGCUGCUGGCAUUGACUACCUGGACAUCAAAGUGGCGCAAGGCUACGGGCGAGUCUUGAGGCAGCAGUUGAAUAAGUACAAUCCGAAUACUGAAGGAGAGUUCCCUGUGGUGCUUGGGAGGGACUGUUCUGGUGUGGUCGUGGCAGUGGGCAGGGAAGUGUCUAGAGUAGAGCAAGGAGAAGAGGUUUGGCUUGCAGUACCAUUUUAUCAUCCUGGGACCUUAAGUGAGUAUGUUGUAGUGUCAGAGGAACAUGUGGCACCCAAACCUUCACAGCUAACCUAUGAGGGAGCUGCUGCUCUUCCCUACAGCAUCAUGACAGCUUGGGAUGCUCUGGUCACUCAAGCAGGACUGGGACCACAGUCUACUGCUGGUAAAAGAGUGCUUGUGCAUGCUGGAGUGUCAGGGGUCGGAGUGGUGGCACUGCAAUUGGUCCGUGCAUGGGGAGGCAGUGUAACUACCACAGUGUCAACACGAGCUGCACCACUGGCACACAUGCUGGGAGCAGAAGAUGUCAUCACCUAUGAUAACUCCAACUUUGACAAGGAGUUGCUGAUGAGAGAGAAGUAUGAUGUGAUUCUCAACACUGUUGGUCAGGUGUUGCAUGAUUCCUGCCUAAAAUAUUGUCUUCCUGAUGGCAUUGUUGUGACCACCACUUCAUCUCAGUUGGCCUCAGAUUCUUAUGGAUACAUAACUGGUGGACUGUAUUCUUUGUACCUGAGAGCAAAAUACUGGUUUGUAAAGACGCCUUGGCUGACAGGUGGACGGCUUGGCACUCUUGAAGUGAAAGGAGAUGUUUUAGAGAAGGUUGUGCCCUUAAUCAACUCAGGGCAGCUUCAAGCAGUGGUGGACAAAGCUUAUUCUGCUCAGGAUGCUGAAGUGGCUUUUGCUCAUGUUGCAAAAGGAGAGCAAAUUGGCAGAACUGUAGUGAGAUUCAGUAUUAACACUCCUGUUAGAAAUCUUGGAAUGGCUUUUUGGCAAGACCAUUAGCCUCUCGUAUGGAAGGAUCCCUGUAGACUGCUGGAACCUCUGCAAUAAGGUGUGGUAAUGGAUAGUUGGUUAGCAAGUGAGAUAUUCUGUGUUGGUGUACAUAAAGAGGUUUUGUCCAAUACACACUGCAAACAUUCAGGUUUGAUUAUUUUAGAAAAUGUAUUUCUGUAGAUACACAUAGCACUUUUAAGUUGAAUUGCAGAUAUGUUUCUGUAAAGAUGUUUAUUUCCUAUACAAGUUUAGUGCAGAUGAAUUUUGUUGUAACUUUUUUAAAUAGAUGACCAGAAAGAUUCUCUUAGAAAGAAUGACAUCAAUGCAGCUGUUUAUUUUUUCAGGUUUUACAGUAACUUAAAUUAACUCGAAAGGUGCUCAAUAUGUAUUUGCCUCUCACUGUUUCCUUCCUAGUCUCUUCCAGUGGCCCCCAGAUGUGAAAUAUUAAGUAAUGUAAGUUUUGUGGAUUAUAUUUGUUUUUUCAAUAUGCAGUCCCAUAAGAACAUUUGCUAAUCAUUAUGUUGGAUAUCCAAUGAAAAAUAUAUUACAGUUUUUAAAAAUGAUGAUUUGUAUGUGAUAUUGAUAACCAAUAUUAAUAUGUUUUCUUUUGAAAUUAAGCUACUGUCUAUACCAAGUUAUUUGACACUAAUGUGAUAUGGUGACAAUACUUUUUACAAUCAUAGUCCUCAUCUUCAUUGUUCUUAUCAUUAUCAUCAAUCAUAGAUAUUUUGAGGCCAUCCUUUUUCCUGCAAUGUAUAAAUAAUGCAAGCAUAAAUUUAAGUUAAAUGGAGACAAUAAUAAAAACUUCCAUAUCAGAUAUGGAGGUUUAAAUGUAAAAAAGUGAUGUCAGCUUUGUUGUGAUUAGAUAUUUUCCACGUUAAAGAAGGAAAACUCACACUGUCUGCCAUAUGCCCUGGAGCACUUCUUACUCUGUACUAUAUGUACUCUGAGGCAAUGUUCACAGCAUGUGUCAUGUCUGAUAUUCUAUGCUGAAAAAAUAAAUAGAAAGCAAGCA